AAAUGACCUUGUCACUUCGAUACCGUACACAAAUUGGAGACGGAGAUGUAGGAUUUCACCGAACUGUAUAAUUUACCAAAAUGCAUAGAUAAAGGAAGAAGCUGACUUUCAAAAGAUAUCCUGGACUUCAAUAGUCAAUCCUCAGUGCUACACAUUUUGUUCUGAUUUUUGGAGAAACAGCAGUAAAAAUGUGGGCCUCCAAUGGGAGCUUUGUGGACAGAGAUGGAGAACCGGUGUACCCAAACAAGUUUGGAGGACCACAGCCCCUGCCUUCCAUUCCAUCCCAGACUCCCCAACCCAGCUUUGACAAUGCCCUGGUACCGGUGGGUGGGCGUCGCUCCCAGCUCUCCCAGCUCUCGCAGAUACCCAACGGAGGACAGCUUGCCAUCGGAGAUUAUCAGAACGGGAGACUGCAACAGAUGGAGAAUAGACUAGGGGUUGCCGAACAGUCGAACAGAGCCCUCUUGGAGGAGGUGGUCAGAUUACAAGGGGAACUAAAGCAAUCCCACAGGGCUUCAGAGGAGACGUUACAGGCCGAAAGACAAGCGAGACAACAGCUCACAGAAAACAUUCGGGCAUCCAACGAUCUGAUCGGCCAGCUCGGAGCUAGAUUAAAACGAGCGGAGGAACGAGUAUCGGACGAAAGAACAGCGGUCGGUGCACUUGUAAACCAUACUAAGCAGGUCGAGCAAGCUGUACUGGGUAGUCAACAAGAGAUACUUGCUAAGAGGGAUCAACAAAUGACAAAGUAUGCUGAACUGAAGAAUGAGUUGGACGAAGCCAAUCGGAUGAGAGAACAAUUAGAACGGGUGACUACAUCAUUAGUGGAUGAUGUGAGGCAGGUGAAGAGUAGAACGGAUGCUUCCCAGGUGGAGAUCAGUAGUCUGGUUCAUGAUGUCAAGGAAAGAACGAAAAGAUUAGAAGAAGACAACAGGACAUUGAUGGAUCAUCAGAGAAAACACAAUGAAAAUCAACAUCAUACCAAUCAAACGACAGCUGUAUUACGAUCACAACUUGAUGCUCGGUUGGGUGAAGUACGGGAUGUUCUGAUGGAUUUGAGGAACAGAAUAACAACGGAAGAGACUGAAAGGAGACAACAAGAACAGAAUCAUGUGAUCAAAAUGAAUGAUAUACAAGCCCAGCUCCACGAAGUGAGUAGAAAACGAGACGAAUCGAUGCAUGCCUUGGAUGUGGUGCAGAGAGAAAGAGAACAUGCAGCAGACAACGAAAGAUUGAAGAUGCAUGGCAAGAUAGCCGAGAUCGCAGAAGAAGUCAGUAAAAAGAUCUUAUCUAAAGAGAUAAGACUCCGAGAGGAGGCACAACAGAAGUUCGGCAAUAUUGAAAAGUACCUUCACGCAGAGCAAGCAGCCCGUAUAGCCCAUGAACAGGCAAUGAGAGAGGAGAACGAGAAGAGAUGGGCCGCUCUACAAAAACUCACAGAGGAAGAGGUACUUCACGUGCGGGAAGGGCAGAAGCUUGAUAGGCAUAAGAACCUUGGUGGUAUGAAUAAGGUCAGUGAUACUGUGGAGAAGAUGGAGAGACAAGCAGCUGAAACAAGAAAACAACUGGAACAAGUCAUGAAGGCUGAAAUCAAAACAAGACAAAGCCAAGACAAGCAGAUUGAGGGUAAGAUCGAGGAUGUGCAAGAGAAGCUUGGCGUUGCUAUAUCAACCCUUCAGCAAGCCAUCGGAGGUAUCAAUGAACAAGUAUCAUCUUCAUCUAAUGUGAGUCAAGACAAGAUGUCGACCGCCCUGGAGGAAGCCAAAUCCAGCCAGUUGAGAGCUGUGACUGAUCUAGAUGCGAGGUUAAGCACCUUACAGUCCAAGAUGGCCACACAAGAAGAGACUUUGGAAGACAGGAUUCUGGCUGCUGUUGAAGAAGCACUAGGUGAUCAGGCAGCCAACCAGAUAAUAGAGGACCAUACUGAAAACCUAGAGAAGAUCAACGAUUGGCAGGACACUGCUGAUAAGAAGAUCGUCCAGGUGAAAGAGCGUAUGGAUGAACUCGGACCGGAGAUCAGGGAGAUGAAUAGAACCAAUGAAACAUUGCAAGAAGAUAUGAAGGGACUUGUAGAUACAGAGGCCAAGGACAGGAUCCGAGAUGUCCAGAUGGUGCGCCAGGAGUUCACCACCAAGUACAGUCAGUUGCAGCAGCAGAUCGAGGCCGCCGCUCAGAAGGCUGCCCAGGGCGGUGGGGCACCCGCUGCCGCACCUAUCCCGAUCUCACAGAAAGAGAAGCUAGCGGCUGGCAAGGGAGGCAAAGUUGAUCCUGCUGCCCUGGAGAAAGUGGAGUUCCUUGAGGAGGAGCUUAAUAAGCAAAGGAGAAAAGUGGAAGAGGUCAAAGAGUCCAUGGCUAAGGUUGAGAGCAGUGUCCAGACAGUUAGGGUACAUCUGACAAGAAAGGUGGAUUCAGAGACAAAAUCGAACAAGGAUCGUUUGGAGAAAAUGGACACUCGUCUGGCAGCGUUGGAAGGCAAGUCUGGCUUACCAGCCGGAGGAGGUGGCACCUCGGCUGCACCCCCAGCAGCAGCUAGCGCUGCUCCUGGCAGUGUGGCCCCAGAGGCUGGUGAUGGGGCACGAAGUGGACAGGGCGGCGGUGAACAGAGCGGCGACGGCCCCGGUAAAGCUUCGGGUGCCAAAUCCCGACGACGUAGUCUACCGCCAGGUGGACGUCGAUCAAGGGCACAAGGUUCUAAAUCGGGCGCAAAGUCCGGUGACGAAGGGGUGGACGAUGUUGGUCAACGGGAUGGUAGCGUGGACAGAAACGAAGCAGCACCGAGCCAGGCUACGGGUAGGUCUGGACCGUCCCGUGGUCGAGGUCGUGGACGAGGGCGUGGACGCGGCGGUAGCAAGGCAUCGUCACGCGCAGGUAAGACGCCACGCGAUGAAGGAGAUUUGGACAAUGCUAGUCGUGCUGGUGGUAGUCAAGCCCAAGGGGGUCGAGUUAGUCAGCAGCUGAGUGAUCAUCCAUCCCUUCAGUCAGAGGCCCUAACCAUUGCUAAGACUCAGGAUGGUAACUAGAUCAUAUCCAUGUUACCCUUGCCUCUGGAGAUACAUCUAGAUAAGGUGAUGAAAAUGAGAAAAGAAACUGUAUCGGGUGAAUAACAUUGAGCAUUAGCAUAUAUAAUGACUACUUGAUUCAUAAAGAUAGGUAUAUUUUUCAAUUUCACAUAUAUUUUAUUUCUUAAUCUUGAGAAACAACGUGGAGAUACAUCUAGAUCAGAUGAGGAAAAUGAGAAAUGAAAUUGUAUCAGGCGAAUAACAUUGAGCAUUAGCAUAUAUAAAUUAUAAUGACUAAUUGAUUCAUAAAGAUAGGUUAUUUUUCGAUUUCAUUUCUUAAUCUUAAGAAACAACAUGGAGAUACAUCUAGAUAAGGUGAUGAAAAUGAGAAAAGAAAUUGUAUCAGGUGAAUAACAUUGAGCAUUAGAAGAGCCGUGGUGUAGUGGUUCUGACUCUCGCCUUGUAAAGAGAGGGUCGUGUGUUCGAAUCCCACCGCGGUCUAGCGUCCUUUGGCAAGGCGUUAAUCCACACUUUGCCACUCUCGACCCAGGUGCUAAAUGGGUACCCAGUAGGAUGCGAAAGAUAUUGUAUGUUUGAUUUUGCCAGCGCCAUAAUGAGGCUGCGAUUAAUGCUUUCCAGGGAGUGGAAAUUGUGCACUUUUCGUGCGGGAUUAAAAUGAAUCCAAUGACCGGGGUAAUAAUAUGCUGUAUUGCGCUUUGAGCCAUUCUGGGAAAAGCGCUUUAUAAAAAUUGGCUAUUAUUAUUAGCAUAUAUAAUGACUAAUUGAUCUAUAUAAGGUGACGAAAAUAAGAAAAAAAUUAAUCAGUUAAAUUACCUUGAGCAUUAGCAUAUGUCAUGACUACUUGAUUAAUAAAAGAUAGGUCUAUUCAUCAAGUUCAUAUUUAUUUUAUUUCAUAACCUUGAGAAACUAUAUUUUACAGACCUUUACUGCAUUCAUUACAUGGCAAUUUAUGAUAAAUGUUGAAAAAAAUAUAUAUGGCCAAUAGAAAACAACCAAAAUAUGUUAAGGUUUAUGAAAAAAUAUAAUAAGGUUCAUUCAUGCUGCCCUCUUUUUGAGAGAGAUUUGGGUUAAAGGUAAGUAGAAUGAAAGAGAACUGUUCAAUUUGAUACUUGUUAUAGUAUUUACACAUUUUUUAAUGGCAAUCUGUACUAAUAAUGCAUACAUUUGCCUUUUUUAUGUAUCCAUAUUUUUCAGUAUGUACUUUUGUUCAUAAUAUUGUACCUCAGCCUUUUUGGAGUAUAAAGAGCCAAAUACAAUCACUAUCUAAGUAGUGGUCGUCAAAAUGUUAAAAUAAGUUGAAUUUUAUUUGCCAAAUACAAUUGUUCUAUACAUGUAAUGAUGAAGGUGACACCAUGGCUAUUGAUAGUAAUUAUUUUUCACUGUGUGACUAUGAGCAAUCUUAUUGGAUAUUUUGAAAAGAAAGAAAAAAUUCCAUCAGUAAACUAAUGUUAGCUUUGCUUUUCACAUACAUAUCUAAAGUUGUAAAUAAAUAAUGAAUGUGUGUACAAAAUUCUAUAUAGAAGCAGUAGUGAUGGAAUGAAAUAUAAAUGUGGACUAAUACACAAAUAUACCAGGCUUUAAGUAAGUAUAGCGGGAAUUAUUCAUCUGAGGUUGGACUGGCAUUACUAUUUUUCCCCAAGAAAAAUAGUAAUUUUGCCAGUUCAACCGAGGAUGAAUAAUUCCCUCUAUACUUUCGAAAUAAAGGCCUGGUAUAUUUGUAUAUUUGUUUUAUAUCCUACUUUAAUAAGUUAGAGCAAUAGAUCUUGAUAAUCUAGUUCUUGUACUCGUAGUUCAUUCCUUUUUUAAUCUGAACCAAAUAUAGAUAGCCCGCUGCGCUGACUGACCUACAUGUACUUCUCCUGAAGCCAUGCACCCAGCGUGAUGAAUGCGUAUUAGUGUUUACGCCGUCAUGAUCUGUGACGUCAAUGAUGGAAUGGUGCACUAUUCCAUCAUUGACGUAACGGAACAGUAAAUUUCCUUCAGUGGGUGUUUCAUUUUCAACAAUGCAAAAUAGUGAGAAUAUGUUUUGUCACAUGACAUCAGCACACAGGAUUUUAUUUAUGUAGGAUAUAAAUAGUUUUAUAUACAUCUUAAAGUAAUAGAUUUCUUCCCCUUUCAUUUUACUAUAUCUGUGUGUUUAUUUCUCUUUUGAUCCUUAGCUUGUUCUUAAAACUAUUUAUGUAUCUGAAAGCCUUAAAAUGCUGGUUACAAAAAAGAGCAAAAAUAACAUGUGGUUUGUAUUUGUCCCUCAUAUACAUGUAACUAAUAGUUCAAACAGUAUUUUUUGUUUUUUCUUAAAUAGAAAAGUAAUUUCUUGAAUGAUACCAAGGCUGAAUUCUGAAGUCAAAUGUAUCAGUAUUAGUUUAGAAACUUAAUAAAAUCAAAUCAGGAUUUCUUCUCUAGCAACCAUUAAUACAUCCAUGUAUGCAUUUGAAGAUCACACGUUGCCAUGUAUAAAGUGGUGGAUACUUUAUACCCUAUGAUUCUGUAGUAAUUAAAGUCUGAAAUAAUGUAUAUUUGUAAAUUUUCCAUCCAUAUUUUUGUCAAUGUAGCCAUUUUAUGGUAUACUCUGCCCAAAGAAUGUAAAUUUAUCAAUGUUAGUCUUUCAUGUGGAGUGUCGUGGCCCAGUGGAUUAGUCUCCGGACUUUGAAACAGAGGGUCGUGGGUUCAAAUCCCAGCAAUGGCGUAAUUUCCUUCAGCAAGGAAUUCAUCCCCAGUGUGCUGCACUCGACCCAGGUGAGGUAAAUGGGUACCGGCAGGAAGUAAUUCCUCAAAAAGCUGUGUGCACAUGAAUCGGUAGCCUAGCUUAGCUGGGUAAUAAUAGCAGGGCCCGCUGGGAGAACAGUUUUCGGAACUGAAGUGGCUACCCUGGGUAAAUAUACCGCUAUUAUCAUUAUUAUGAUUAUAAUAGAGUUCCUCCUAUCAAUUACAUCUUUCAUUUAAAUCAAACAUACAUGCAAUCUGAUUUAUUGAAUUGUUUAUUGAUUAAUUGAUUUAUUGAUAACUGAUUAUGGAGUAAAUAGCAAUCUUGUCAUGAUGUAGAAAUGGUAGAAUAAAUUUUCAUUUU